AUGUCCGUGGGGGAUCGAGAUUUUUAUCACGAGACCCCAGUUUCAAGUGGGACAAGCUCGCACAGCGGGCCUAAACCAGAGAUAUCCUUUGCAGAAGUGCAUUACAAUGCAUCGAAAAGUGACAUCCAAACUCAUGAAAGUAUUUCGUCCCAGUGCUCUUAA